AUGGCUACUCUUCGCUCCGUGUUCAUCCUCGCGUUGAUCCUCGCCUCCCUUCCCGCACUCUAUGCCGCGUCCGCGCCACCGCGGGGCGACGUUGCUGCUGGGGGAAGCGCAGCAGGCGUGGACGCGGCGAGGUGGGGCCGCAAGCUGCUGGAAGCGAGCAGCGGCGCGGCCGCAAGCGGUGCUGACGCGGACCUGAACCAGCUGGACGCGGACGUGGGUGGCGAGGAGGGGGAGCAGGUGGGGGAGGUGACUGACGUCGGGCUGGACGAGGCAGUGCGUGUGCUACUUAGCUCUGACGCUGACGUUGAGCAGCAGGGUGGCGCGGAGGAGAAUGAGGAGGAGGUGGGGGAGGGGGAGGUUACGGAUGGGCUGGACGAGGCGGUGCGGAUGCUGAUGAGCCUCAAGAAGUUCAAGAAGAAGGUGAAGAAGGCGGCGAGCAAGGCGGGAGGGCUGGCAAAGGACGCGGCGAGCAAGGCGGGAGGGCUGGCAAAGGAGGUGGUGGAGAAGGGCGGCGCGGACGCGGUCAAGGCAGCGGUCAACGCGUACAGCAGCGGCCAGGGGGCCAAGGGCGCGCUCAUAGCGGGCAGUGGCUCGCUCGCUCGCACCGCGAAAACGAUGGUGUAA